CUAGCAAAGUGAAAGUUUUAAAAAGUUUGGAACCAAAUGAGUAUGACCUUCCAUCCUCUUUUAUAUUCUAUCUUUGUCCCGCUCGCGAACAAUUAAAAAAGAAUUACGGCAAAAAUGAUGAAGGCAUCACUGAAAGCUAAAUAUGAGACGGACAAAGCCGCUGCUACCGGCGCUGCAAGUAUAGCCUUCAACGCCGGAGAUUUUAAGCUCCGUGCUUCUAUGACCGAUGCUACUGUAGGCAACGGUCGAAGCUUAGACGGCUUAGCUCUCGCUGUUGAAAAACCCGGUUCAUUCAUAUUCGACUACAACGUCCCCAAAAAGGACUUUAGGUUUCAAUUUAUGAACUCAAUUAGGGUAUUGGAGAAGCCAUUGAAUUUGAAUUACAUUCACUUCAGAGGAGAUAACCGGACAAUACUGGAUGGGACAUUGGUGUUUGAUUCGGCGAACAAGGUGUCAGCCAAUCAUGUGCUGGGUUCGAGAGGUUGUAAAUUGAAGUACAGUUAUGUUCAUGGAGGACUCACUACUUUCGAGCCAAGCUAUGAUACGACGAAGAAUUCUUGGGAUUUUGCAGUGUCGCGUAAAGUUUAUGGGGCUGAUGUGUGUAGGGCUACGUAUCAGACAAAGAGUAAGAAUUUGGGGUUUGAAUGGUCGAGGAGCUCCAAGCUAAAUGGAUCAUUUAAGGUUGCUGCAUCUCUCUGUUUGGCUGACGAACUUAAAAUGCCAAAGUUAACUGCUGAAAGUUCGUGGGACUUUGACAUAUGAUUCUUUCUGCAUUUUUGUUCUGCAAUUAUUCUAACAUGAUACUAUUUCCAGCCACCAAUUAUAAUUGGCUACAUAUGAUGGUUUUCAUAUAGUGGUUGUAUUCAGUAGUGACCUUCCAGACAACUCAAAAUUUAUGGUCAAGUUCAGCCAGUA